AUGCUCACAGAAUUCCUAUCGCUGCUCUGCCUCGCGCUGUGUCUGGCCUAUGACGAUGAGAAAAAGGAUGGUGAGUUCUCUCCCCCUUUAACUCAACUGCUUUCUGCAUUUCAAGUCCGCUCGAUGGUCCAUCGCAAAAGCAACGUGACCCUGAAGUGCUGGUCCCCAUUCCAGAACUCCACCGUCAGGCUGGGGAAGCUGAACAGUACCUGGCUUGAGCAACAGCCCAGCUUGGCGAGACAAGGGGCUGAACUCCUCCUCGUUGAUCUGCAGCCUGAGGACGCCGGCAGGUACGUUUGUACCUACAAGACGACAGGUUCCAAAGGAUGGUCAGAGAGCAGCCACCUGCGGCUGGUAGUCACAGGCAAUACCUCGGGCAACUACAGCUGCGUCUAUUACCAGAGGAAUUUCCCAUACUUGGGCUCCUUCCCCAGCAACAGAGUGAAAAUCUGGGCGACCACGUAUGAAGUUUCUCAGUACGGCUAA